AUGCGAGCGGAGGGAGGAGGCGCGCGCACCGGGUGGAGCGCCAGGGAGGGCUUCGCCGCGGUUUCCCUCCCUCCGCGGCUUGACCCGGUAGUGAAGGCGCGGGGAGAGGCAGGCCCCGGGCCGCCCCGCAGCCUUCGGGAGGAGGCGGGAGCCGGGAAGGAGGGGAGCGGAGGCCCGGCGUGGGCAGGCCGGCGAGAAGAGCCUGGAUCCUUGGGUGGACCUGUCUAUAGCUUCCCUGCGAGCCGGGCUGCUCGCCUGCAGGACGCCCGGACUUGCUCACACCCCAGCAGGGACAAAGCAGAAAUCCGGGGACCCGAGGGCAAGCCCGGUGCCGGGUGGCCCAUCUGCAGCGCCUCCAGUCUUCUGGGGCUCCAUCCCAACGCGAGGAAGCUGGAGUUCGGAGUCCUAGAGUGGAACUGCAGAGGGCCUGGCAGCCCAGCCGGAGCCGGUGGAGAGAGACUUCACUGUUGGCUCGCUCCACUUUUACAGUCUUUACGUUCCUCGCAAAGUUCUCAGAAGUGGCCCUCUGAUAGAGGAAAGUUAGAGGAACGAGUCUGGUCGUCCUGGCUGCAAGAAGAAGGUCAAGGUGACAUCAUGCAUACAACACCAUCUUCCUUUAUAUGCCUGUAAGAUUGUUAUCCCAGCUCUCAGUGAAAGCUCAGGAAGGAGCUAUGGUGUGAUCCGAGUGUUUUACAAGCAUGAAGAUCAAAUCUGGUCUAGAAGAAGGAGGAAGAUGAAAGACAGAGGGACCCGGAUUCUCUUUCUCCAUUUGUCAUGUUUAGAAGAUAACUGUUAUAAAGUUAAGCUGCAGAGCCGGAGUUCUAUUUCAUGAGCAUAAAUGCAUUACCGUCCAAGCCAUGUCCAUCAAAGCAGGAAGCCGCCAUUUGAGUGAAUUGAUCUGCAGGAGGCACAGACACCUAAUGCUGCCCGUGAAAUUGCAGAAAAGAUAUUCAGAUUGCUUUGUUUUAUUUUGGUAUAGCUGACCAUUUAUGAUAUUUUAAUUUCUAGACUUUGAAGUAAAUUGUAUUACUUCAAUUUUUAAUAAUGCAAUGAAUUUCAUUAUUUUCUCAUAUAUAUUCCAUUAAUAUGGUGUAGUGAUGCAUUUAUUUUAAACAUAAUAUGAUGAACAAUUGGA